UUCAUAAGUAAGAAUAAGCUUCCAUGUAUUUAUUUGGGAUCUGGUUGGUGGGCCUCCAAAAAUCAAAGAGUAAAAACAGCCAAUAUUACAGAAGAGACUGUGGGUCUGAGGCAUAUAAGCUCACAAAUUGUAUUUGACAAAUUCAGGGGUAAAAAGAAAAUUCAUCCGUUUAAAGUUCAUGUGCAAUAAAGCAUGGGAAUGUUGCCACCUCAACAGGCUUCUUUAGGAUGUCAGUGAAGUUCCAGAGAAACUGGGUAAAUAGAAGCUUAAGGGAUGAGAAAACUUUUUAGUGCAUCAGUCUCUAAAUAAUACCAAUAUUGAAAUUUUAGGCUUUGGAUUUUUUUUCUUUUUUACUAUGCACCAAAUUAUACAAAUAGAAUGCUUACUUUCAAGGUAAUGUGGUACAGUCUGCCAAUUGUUUGGCAGCUUUGCCAAAGACUUUUAAUUUGUGAUUUUCAGUUUUGAAGAUUACGUGGGCUGAAUUUGAAUUGAAAAGCAGCUAGUCUCGGAUGAGAGCCCUUGUGAAAACGCCUCAUUUCACUGUUGAAAAUAGAAUACUACACAUCAAGAGAGCAAAUCAUUCUCUGGGACACUGGGUUCCAUUUACCUCGCUGGAAUCCCAUUUACAUUUGACCCAGGGGUGUCCUGGCAAAUGAAGGCACGAAGAAGAUCUGGGCAGGACCUCCUUAUUCUAAAAGAAGACCUCCUCAUUAAAAUCAUUUUCUUUGGAUCAUGAAAACCACUUAAAUCAUUUUUAAGAAAUUCCCCACUCAAAAUGCAAGCCAGCUUCUUGGGUUUCAAGUUGCACAUCCUGUGUCACAUCCCUUUUUGCUGUCUCCAAGGGUCAAUAAUGCACAGGGUUACUGGCAACAAAGUUCAAAGACUCUAAAGCAAGGCAUUCAGCUGGUUCUCCUGGAGCCCAGGGCAACUGAGCUGAUGUGAAAUAAUGCCCAAGGCACAGCCUUUGCCUUGACCUUGGUCCUCAUCUGAUAGUGUUUUUAUGUUUGUAUGUAUGGAUAUGCUCAUAUAUGUUGUGCAAGUAUGCAUCUGUUUAGGAACUCUAAGAGGCCAGAGGACAUCCCAAUAUCCUGCUCUAUCAAUAUCUACCUUAUUCCUUUGAGCAGGCUUUCUCACUGAACUUGGCCAGCAAGGCCCAAGGAUCCCCCUGUCCCUGCUCUACACAACACUGGGGUGACAUGCAAGCAUGUGGCUGCACUUGGCUUUUUACACGGGUGCUGAGAUAUGACCUCAUGUUUUAUUUUAUACAUGGGCCAUCUUCCCACUCCCUUGAAUUUUAAAACAAUAUUCUUACUAGAUGGAUCCAAACACUAAUAGACACAAUAUUCUCCGAUUCUUUUCUACCCCUUUGCCAAGCAAAGGGAGGCUGCCAGUGCAGGGGUGUUCCUCCAGUUGAUUUUGUUUUUCCAACACUUGGUAUUUUUCACUGUCUAAAACUUAAAUACAGACUUGGUUUUACCUACUACUUCACAAUUUGGGUAUUUACAACAUGAACUGACCCGAUGAACAAGAAGAAAGUGAAAUUCCAGCUAUGCCAGAAUGGAAUGGCUUUAGUCUCCUGAACGGAAUAAAAGUGUGCUCCAUCUCAUUUCUCAAUCAAGAAGCAAGAGGGAGUCUGAGGAGCGGUGUGGGGUGGGGAAAGGCAUGGAACAAAAGUAAAUGCUGUGCGAAUGCACUGGCAUGUUUUUUCUGUCCAUAGUUCUUAUUUCUUUCAUAAUAUACUCUUAAAUCAACCAUCCACUAACUCUCUGUCUCCACCUCUACCUGCAUCCUCCACGUGUGACAGAGUAGGAAAGGUACUACAGUCUUCAAGAUCAAUCACAACACAGGAUGCUCAAGAGAAGUUAGAACUUCUUUUUAAAGCUAUAGUACUCCUUGUAUAGUCACUCCUUUUUUAUGUAUCAGAUGUCUCUGGGAUUCAUAAUAACAUCUUAGUCAGCAGGAGCCCCAGAGAAGUAACAGAAUCAAAGCAGCUUAUGAAAUAACCAAAUCAGCAGUUAUCACAUAUUGUUAUAAUAAAAGGCUUGGUCAUCUUUCUAGGGAAAACCAUUAAUGAUUUAAGUGCUGAUGCAGCUAGUUGAGAUCUUGAGAGCCUUAAUCCACUUGCUCCAACCAUGACCUAAUGUUCCAGAAGGUACCAAUUGUGACUUCUGACAAGGGGACAAUGGAAUUCAUGCCAGCCAAUCAAAACCCCAACUUUUCAUUCCUAAUAGAAUACAUGCUGUAAGAUUCUAAAUCAUUCAAGUGUUGGGGAAAAGGGGGAGCAUCCUGUUAUUGAAAUUAUGAAGGGGUCUUCCACUUGCUUUUGUGCCUAACCAAGAGGCACUGUAGCAGCCUCCUCUUGACAGCAGAGAGAGGCCAUUGUUCUACAGUCCACAGCUCAAAACACUGAAAACACCUAAGAGAUGGAUAAAAAAGAGCUAAAGGCUUUUGUUCCAAAAUUUGACAAGGUCCCUUGGCUUAGUGAGGCCAGCCUGGUGAACAAGCCUUUGGUACUCAGCAUCCCUGGAAGAUAUCAUUCCUCCGCCACUGUUCUGACUUUAUGCAAGAAGGGUAUGGAUUUGCCAAAUUUGCUUCAGGUUCCAGAUGUCAUAUAUCAGGCCAGGAAGAACAAGCAUGAAAACCUGUCACCCAGGAACAAGCAGCUGUGCUCCGCAUGUCGAGAAAUGAAAACGGUACAGCCAAAAAAUUUCAUAAUCCCAGACCAUCAGAAACCAUCCUUCCAGAAUUCUUUGGAUCACAGAGAGAUGCUCCUUCAUCAUCCCGAUAUCCAGCAGUUUGAUCACCCCUGCAAUGACAUUCCAACAGAGAGCAUUCGCUACAGACUGCCCAUUAUGGGCCCCAGGACCGCUGUCUUCCACAGGCUGCUGUCAGGUGCCUACACAACUCCUCUGGAGACUCAGCACCUCUCCCUUCCCAGAAAGAAACUAAAGAGCAAGACAGUGAAGCAGUGAGUGGUCAGAGCUAAUUACCCCCCAAGUGUCAGGGACAAAGGCCACCCCUCCAAACUGUUCUGAUACUGGUGCCUUCCCAUCCUGAAAGAUGAUUCAUUUUUUUCCUCCUACAUGCUGCUAGUCUAGCUCCUACCACUUUCUCCUAAAGAUAAAAUGGUUUAAUUUACAUAAAUAUAAAGAUUUAUUGAUUAACACAGAA